CAUCUGCUCUCCGCCUGCUGCCUGCAUCCUGUCGCCUUAAUGGUGAAGCAAAUCCAGAGCAAGUCUGCUUUUCAGGAAGCCUUGGAUUCUGCAGGAGAUAAAUUAGUAGUAGUAGACUUCUCAGCCACGUGGUGUGGGUCUUGCAAAAUGAUCAAGCCUUUCUUUCAUUCCCUUUGUGAAAAGUAUUCGGAUGUGGUGUUCCUUGAAGUAGAUGUGGAUGACUGUCAGGAUGUUGCCUCAGUUUGUGAUGUCAAAUGUAUGCCAACCUUCCAGUUCUUUAAAAAGGGACAAAAGGUGGGUGAAUUUUCUGGCGCUAAUAAGGAAAAACUUGAAGCUACCAUUAAUGAAUUCAUCUAAUCAUGAUCUCAUAACAUAAUCUCAUUGGCUUUAAUUUUUUUAUUUACAAAAAAUAAAGACCAGAUAU